CAAAAAAAAAUCCCCACCCCCUUCCAAUGGCUAAAACCCCCCUUCCCCCUCCCCUCCUCCAAUGUUCUCCUCCAACUCCACCUCCCACUCGCCCCAUAAUUACCUAACUACCCUCGGCCUCGGUUACGGCAUCGCCAUUUCCCUCGGCUUCCUCGUCCUCUUCUCCACCCUCCUCCUCGCCUCCUACCUCUGCUGCCGCGUCUCCCGCCACCGCCCUCCUCAGCCCCGAAACCCCAAUCCGAAUCCGAACCCCGAGGGCGUCAUCCUCCCCCGCAUCAUUUUCGUCGCCGAAGACGACAACGAGCAGGAGCAGCAGGACGACGAUGAGAACGCCGUCGUCGGGCUCCACCCGAGCGCCAUCAACUCCUACCCGAAAUUCCCGUUCUCCAAGGAGGCGGCUAUCCCCGAUUCGUCCACGUGCUCCAUCUGCCUGUGCGACUACAAGGACGCAGAGAUGCUCCGGAUGAUGCCGGAGUGCAGGCACUACUUCCACCUGUUGUGCCUCGACGCGUGGCUCCGGCUCAACGGGUCGUGCCCGGUUUGCCGGAACUCACCGCUUCCAACGCCUCUGUCGACUCCGUUGCAGGAGGUCGUGCCUUUGUCUCAGUACCCGGCCGAUCGGGGAUGGAGGGGGUGACUGAUUGCCCCUGGUUGAAUGAUUAGAUUUCUGUGUUUUUUUCCUUUAUAUAAUUUUGGGUUUUAUUUUUUUCUGUAGAAUUGUGUUAGAUUUUGAAUGGAGUGUGGGUAUAUUGAAUUGUUGCUUGGUUUCGGGAGAUUGGGAAAUGUUAAUUUUUUGGGAUUGUGAAAUCGGUGAAUUGAAUUGUUUUAAUGUUAA